ACGUCUUAAACAAAAAUAAAGCCAGACAGUGAAGGAAUUUUGUUCUCUAAAAAACCAAAUUAAUUUGAUUUAAACCGAUUAAAAAAUAUAUUUGUUUCAAUUGUUGUCUUCCUAAUGGAAAGCAUCGCUUGUUGGUGUGAUCGCAUCGAUAUUUCGAUUUCAAAAACAAAUCAGGAAAACAGAAAUUUAUAGGAGCUCGGCCCAGACCGCUGAAAGUGAAAGCAGCAAAACAAGUUGCGAGAAAUGGCGGCUCUGCCACCGCGUAAAAAUCCUACUCCCACAAAAAUCUCCAAACAGCAUCUGACUCCUUUGCAGAUUUUGCUACAAAUGGGGUUUCCAAAACAUCGCGCGGAAAAAGCCUUAGCUGCGACUGGAAACCGUGGCGUCCAGCUAGCCUCAGAUUGGUUGCUGGCCCACGUCAACGAUCCUACCCUGGAUGAAUGUUCUCCCAGAGAGUAUAUACUGUAUGCCUGUCCAACGGGACCGUUCCUCCAGCAGUUGGAAAACUUUUGGGCACAAUCGAGGGAGCUUUGCGGCUGGAAUGGGGCCCACAAUUUCACCCCCCACAUAACGCUGGUAUCGUUUUUCAAAGCUCCAGACGAGUGUGCUCCUCAACUGUCGAAGGCGCUCAAGGAACUGAUGAACCUUCCGGGUGCCCAUCUGGAUCGGCCCAUUUCGCUGGAACUAUAUACCAGUCCCAACUUUAUGGGCUUUUUCGUGGCUGAAGACGAUGCCAAUUAUUUGAAACGAUUGGCGCUACAGUACGUCAAAGAAGUGUCCCACUCAAUAAUCAGCGACACCUACGAACAGCUAGAUGCACUAGUAACAUGUUUUCCCUGGUGCGGGGGAGUAACCUCGGCCCGCUGUAUCCCGCGGAGCAGCCGAUCUAUAUCCUUGGAACCCCACGUCAAAUCGCUACAUCUGACGCUGGCUUACCAGUUUCCUCCAAACCAAUUCAACGCUCUUAAGCAGCUAGUAGAAGAACUCGACACGUCAUUCAAUGGUAUCAACUGGGAACUGAGAUUGUACUCGCGAGAUUCCCGUUUGGCAACCAAACAGGUACAUAAAAUCCUUUACCCACACACCCCGCGGGAACCAGACGAAAUGGAGCUUCGUAUUGGAGACUAUAUCUAUCUGAGCCCUGAAGCGAUUCAAAAUACUACCGAUGGUUGGGUAGAAGGCAUCUCAUGGCUCACCGGAACAACCGGGCACUUACCGGAAAAUUAUACAGAACGAACGGCUGAAUCCGAUGCCUGGACCAUGCACAGGACCGUACCGUUGCUGGAUCUGGAACAUUCAACUGUGGAUCCUUCGGUUGCAUCAGACGUCGUCGACGGAGCCAGAUACGAUAUGGUUAAUCGUAUGGAACGAAGCAAAAGCGCAGAAGCCGGGGGGCACGACUUCGAAUCCCAAGAAACAGUAUCGGUGGGCCAUGAUGAUUUGCAACGGCAGCACGACGAAGCUAUGCAGUACCAAACAGAUGGUUGUAGUACAAAGUCGAGGGACGAUUCAGUGCCACCGGAAAAAUUCUAUGACAUGAUGAAGAAAAGUACCGCUUCGAUGUCGGUGAUCGGCGAAGGAAGCAACGCCGGGUCUGAUGAUAAAAAUGAUCGUGGAUCAGACGGUCGUAGAAUAUACGUUCUACGGCAUGGUGAGCGAAUCGAUUUUACCUUCGGUACGUGGAUUCCAUAUUGCUUCGAUGAAUCCGGAAAUUACAUAAGAAAAGACCUAAACAUGCCAAAGAUUUUACCUCAGAGAAAAAGUAAUUUAUGGCUUCGGGACUCCCCUUUGACUAACAUUGGAUGCUACCAAGCACGUUUGACAGGCGAGGCAAUGAAGGACGCAGAAGUGAAUAUUGAUUACGUCUUCAGCUCGCCUUCGUUUCGGUGUAUUCAAACCACCACCUCUAUCCUGGAGGGUUUGGGGAUCAAAGAAACCCACGCUAUUCACGUUGAACCCGGCCUAUUCGAGUGGUUGGCGUGGUACCAAGAAGGAUUACCAGAUUGGCUUUCGAAAGAAGAUCUUUGCUCAGCCGGGUAUAACAUAGUGAUGGACUAUGAACCGUUAACGAAAAUCGAUGACCUUAAGGAAAAACUGCAGGAAAGUCUAGACGAAUUCUAUUUACGCAACUCGACAAUAACAGAGGAUCUGAUUAAGCAUCGAUCCGGUAAUAUUCUGAUCGUAGGUCACGCCACAACCCUGGACACCUGCACUCGGCACAUCGUGGGUGAGAAGCUGCGCUCCACCAACGACAUGAGUCGAAUCAUGCAAAAAGUUCCUUACUGCAGUAUGGCUGUGAUCGAAUCAGAGGACGGCUUGACCGGUUGGAGACUUGUCGAACCACCGUGUGACCCCGUCACGCAUACCAACAACAACCGGUUUGAUUGGAAAAUAUUAACCUAAGAAAAGAAGCACAUCGGUCGAUUUAGAGGACAGUUCCCAGAUAUAUAAAAGCGUGAUUUCUCUAACGUUUUAUUAAUAUUUAUUUCAGUAAGUUCAUUUAGAAAUUUGAAUAUUCGUUCCUCUUCGUCAUCAAUAUUCUCAAACACCUGGUUUGUGAGACCUGCGCACAGAACAUGAAUAAUUUAACGUAUGCACUGUGGUAAAGGAAAUAGAUUACAAGGUAUGUUGAACGUUUUCUUAUAAUUUUGUUGCAACCAUAAAUACUGUCAAAAUAAGCUGUUAACUUAUUUUUUAGAGUUGGAAAAUUAUUUCUUCUAAAAUUGUGUGACUUUUAAGCUUCUACUGACUUUUUCCUGGUUGGCUUAAAGUUGGUAUUCCAAAACUGCCUGUUUGUUCAAAGUUGUUAAAAGCAGCAGUAAAUAUGUAUUACCAAUGUUUCUCACAACCGUAUUGAGAGAUAUUUCAUCGCAGCGCUGCGUAUUUGUCUACCUAGGGGGUAUAACAAUUUGUGCUUGUUACUGUUUAUAUAGCCGCAUUAUUAUACACAUGAUACAUAAGUACUUAUUUAUAUUGCAUACAAAUAUAUUCUAACAACAAACCAAUCAAUACUCUUGAAUAAGCUCUUUAUAGAGACUAUUUAGGUGACCUUCAAAAGUGUACUUUAAUCAUAUAUUUAUUUGGAUAUUAAAAAGCAUCAGUAAAACAGAUAAUAUUAUCGCUCGCAAGUUCAAUGCUCUCACAAUGUGAAAAAUAGCUAAAUUGUUUUCGCGAUCCCAGUCAACUUUAAUGACGAUAUAUUGUAGAAUGAUAAGAAUUAAUCGUAAUUCAUGAAUACUGUUGCUUUCGCUGUACCCCACAAGCAUACUCGCCCAAAGUUAUAGAUAAAACAGAAAGUUGUUGCCCAAUGUGUGAUGCUUGAUCGUCGCUUUUACACUCCGUUAAAACUUGAAAUUAGAAUUCUUGGUCAAGCUUUUCGAGACCAGUAAUAUUUAGAAGAACUCUAAGUUUAAAAUCAAGUUGUUUUUCAAAAGAGAAAUUGAAAAAUACAAACAGACCAAACCAAUAAGCGGAAUUUGACGUUGAUGACGAUUUGCAAGUGCUUAUGCAAAGAAUGCCGAACAUAUACUUACUCACUUUUAUUGCAGCAUCUAAAAAAUCUAAUACCUUAUAAAAAAGAAGUUUUAAA